GUGCUGCGCUCUACAUAAUGAUGUCACCUGCGUUCUUAUCUCGCUCCUUGCGUCGGUUCGAUGCAUUUGCGAAGCCGCUUAAAGACUUUCGGAUACAAACGGUCCCUGGAGCCUUCCUUACGAUUGUUUUCUUGUUAAUUAUUCUCGUCUUGUUUACGUGGGAAGUCGCUGACUACCUCUCACCUUCUAUUAAACAGGAAAUUAUCGUAGAUAUAUCUCGCAAUCGUCAUAUGUCGAUCAGCUUUGAUAUUAUCUUUCCAUUUGUACCAUGCUAUGUGCUUUCUGUGGACUCGAUGGAUAUUUCCGGCGAACAGCAUUCAGCUAUAACAAAAGAUGUAAACAAGACACGCGUAUUGCCGGACGGAAGUGCGGUGGACUCCAAUUCCGAUUCCGAUAAAAUGAAGGCGUUGGAAUUGAAACGUAGUAAGGACUAUUGUGGAUCGUGCUAUGGAGCAGGAAUUGAAGAUAACCGGUGCUGUAAUACAUGCGAAAGUGUGCUGGAGGCUUAUCGUGUUCGUGGCUGGAGCGUUCCCGACUCUGAUGCUUUCGAACAAUGCAAAGAUGAGAGAGAGGCGGGUAGUCUGGUCUCCAUCGGCCGAGAGGGUUGUCGUCUUGUGGGACAACUUGGAGUGAACAAGGUGGCUGGUACUUUCCACAUUGCUCCAGGAAAAAGUUACGGUCAGGGUCAUGUUCACGUUCAUGAUCUCAUGGCAUUUUCUGGCAAACAGUUUAUCCUGGAUCACCAAAUUCGGCAUCUGAGCUUCGGUGACACAUAUCCUGGCCAAAUAAAUCCUUUAGACAACACGAACAUGUCUGACAAAACAAAGUCUCCAAUGAUUUCCUAUUUCCUCAAAUUGGUGCCAACAAUCUACUCCGAUUUUUCGGAAAAGACGUUGGUGACCAACCAGUAUUCUGCCACUUGGCAAGUUAGGUCGACCCCCUUAACAGGGGGCUCCGAGGGCAUUCCAGGUGUUUUCUUCAACUACCAAAUAAGUCCACUUCUGGUGAAGCUCGCCAAAGAACGAAGAUCUUUUCUGCACUUUUUGACGAACACUUGCGCGAUUGUUGGUGGAGUUUACACAGGUAUGUUCCUUCGUUUACUAAAUAUUAUAGUUGGAAAGAUGUGA